GUGUGGGUCAGACAGGAACAACAUGGCGGCGGGAGGAGCGUUAGCUUCUGGACCAGUCGUCUUCUGAGAGACCGGCGAUCCGGAUCAGGAUGAACCUCUGCGCUACGUACCUCCGACAGGCAGAGGCCCUAAAGGCUGACAUGACAGAUUCUAAGCUCGGGGCAGCAGAGGUGUGGACGUCCCGGCAGGCGCUGCAGGAUCUGUACCAGAAGAUGCUGGUGACCGACCUGGAGUACGCUCUGGACAAGAAGGUGGAGCAAGACCUGUGGAAUCAUGCUUUUAAGAACCAGAUCACCACGCUGCAGAGCCAGGCCAAGAACCGAGCCAACCCCAACCGCAGCGAGGUGCAGGCCAACCUGUCGCUGUUCCUGGAGGCCGCCAGUGGCUUCUACACACAGCUGCUGCAGGAGUUGUGCACCGUGUUCAACGUGGACCUGCCGUGUCGGGUCAAGUCCUCUCAGCUCGGUAUCAUCAGCAACAAACCGGGCGGCGGCGCCAUCGUCACGCCGCAGCCCAGCUCUUGCUCCUACAUCUGCCAGCACUGCCUCGUCCACCUGGGAGACAUAGCACGCUAUCGGAACCAGACCAGCCAGGCGGAGUCGUACUACCGGCAUGCAGCUCAGCUGGUCCCGUCCAACGGGCAGCCGUACAACCAGCUGGCCAUCCUGGCCUCCUCUAAAGGAGACCACCUCACCACCAUCUUCUACUACUGCCGCAGCAUCGCGGUCAAGUUCCCUUUCCCAGCAGCCUCCACCAACCUGCAGAAGGCGCUGUCCAAGGCUCUGGAGAGCCGCGAUGAGGUGAAGACCAAGUGGAGCGUGGCGGACUUCAUCCGGGCUUUCAUCAAGUUUCACGGCCACGUCUACCUGAGCAAGAGUCUGGACAAGCUGGACCUCCUGAGGGAGAAGCUGGAGGAGCAGUUUCAGAGGCUGAUCCUGCAGAAGGCCUUCAGCUCUCAGCAGCUGGUCCACAUCACCGUCAUCAACCUGUUCGGGCUCCACCACCUCAGAGACCUGAGCACUGACGGCGGCGAGCAGAGCUUCAGUGGCGAGCAGCAGACCAGCUGGUUCCAGCUGCUGGGCCUCUUCAUGUCCUUCCUGGGUGUCAUGUGCAGCCGAGCUCUGCUCAACAAGAACCGAGGGGAGGAGAUCAUGGGCGAGUGUCCUCUUCCGGCCAUCAAAGUGUCCCUGGACUGGCUCAAGCUGAGGCCCAGCGUCUUCCCCGAGGCCGCCGUGGACCAGAGGCAGCAUGUCUGGCCCUGGCUGGUCUCCAUCCUCAACAGCUUCCAGCCCAAAGAGGACGACGUAUCCUGUUGCUCAGUGACGCCCCUUCCAGAGGAGUUUGAGUUGCAGGGUUUCCUGGCGCUCCGGCCCGCUCUGAGGUCCCUGGACUUCACUAAAGGUCAUCAGGGCGUCCUGUUGGACAGGGACGGCCUGCCGGUCCACACUCGACAUCAGAGACUCAUCAGUCUCGGCAAAUGGGUGGCCGACAACCAGCCGGGGCUGAUCCGGUGCAGGGCGAGCGAAGACGGCGUCCUCGUCUUCAUCACCGACAUCCCGGAGCAGGCCGUGGAGGAGCCCCAGGAGAAGGAGGCCCCGGUGCUGCAGGAGUCGUCCAACGCCGAGCAGACGGCCAACGACGGAGGGAACUCCGGCCUGAAGUCGGUGCUCUCGGCGGGGAAGACCCAGAGCUCGUGGCCCGACUGCGGCGAGCGGCCCGUCGUCACCUUCAAGGAGAACAUCAAACCCAGGGAGCCGAGCCGCCACCUGAAGGACAGCGGCAAGGAGCGCCGGGACUUGGCCAAGGGGUCAGGGGUCGCCGGGAAGGGGGAGCCGAAGAGGGACGGCAAGAGGAAGAGCGAGCCCAAGAAAGCCGGCUACGAGAAAAGCAACGACACCGUGAAACAGGUGAAGGCGCAGCCGGAGCUGAGGAAGACUCCGGUGUCCGAGGCCAAGAAGACCCCCGUCACUCAAACCCAGACCACCUGCUCCUCCCAGUUCAUCCCCAUCCACCACCCUGGAGCCUUCCCACCACUGCCAAGCAGACCUGGUUUCCCUCCCUCGGCCUACGUGAUCCCGCCCCCGGUGGCGUUCCCGGGUCUCCAGGUGAACCCGGGCUUCACCUUCUCCACCGGAGUGUCCGUCCCUGGACCCUUCCUCCAGCCGGGGGUCCACACCCAGGCCGGGAAGCCGUCCCACAUUCCCUACAGUCAGCAGAGGCCCUCUGGUCCUGGUCCGGGUCCGGGCCCGGGGGCCUCGGGUCCGGGGCCCAUGAACCAGGGGCAGCAGCCCCAGGCCUUGCAGCAGUCGGUGCACCUGCAGGUGCAGCAGGCGAUGAGCCAGCAGCAGCAGUCUCCCACCAAACCGGGCCAGCAGAUCGGGAUGGGCAAGAGUCCACCUCACCACCCGGGUCUGCAGCAGUACAUGCAGGUCCAGGAUCAGCCGGCUCAGAUGUGGAGCCAGGCUCAGAAGAUCCCCCCCAUGCCGAUGUCCCUGAAGGCCCCGCAGCAGGCCUUCUACCUGGCGGCUCAGGACCCCCUCAAGCUGUACGAGCAGCAGCUGGACAAGAAGCUCAAGUUCCCCACCGUCAACAUGCAGGACUUCUACUGGGAGCCGGCCUACCGCAUGGGGGACGGUCUGGCUGUGAUGGGGGACCGCAUGAAGAGGCCUGGGGUGAUGGGCUCCGAGCAGGACGGCUCCACCGGGCCCCGGGGGCCCCCUUUUGAGCUGCCCAACCAGAUCCGGAUGGAGAGCGGCCCCGAGGUCGGCCCCCCACCGUCCUCUCUACUGCCCAUCUCUGGGUUCCCCAUGCAGGAGUACAACCAGAACAGCAUCUUCAGUCAGGCCUACGGCAAGACCCUGCCCCCCGGCUCCAAGCCCGACGCUCCCAUGAUGCACCAGGAGCCGUCCCUGUACUCCCUGUUCGAGGGGACCCCCUGGUCCCCCUCCCUCCCGGCCAGCUCCGAUCACUCCACCCCGGCCAGCCAAUCCCCUCACUCCUCCAACCCCAGCAGCCUGCCGUCCUCCCCCCCCACGCACAACCACGGGGCCAUGCCCUUCUCCAACUUCGGGCCCAUCGGCACUCCGGACAGCCGGGACCGCAGAAUGGUGGACCGCUGGAAGGCCGACAAGACCGGAGCGGUCAGCGGGUUUGGACUAGACUACCUGCCGGCUGCAGCGUCCUCUGCAGCCUCAGACACCAGCUGGCACCAGGCCGGGCCCACCGGCAGCUCCUGGACCAAUCAGGAGUCUCCGAUGGAGGAGUCGUCCUCCACCGUGCUGCUCGACAGCCUCAAGUCCAUCUGGUCCAGCUCCAUGAUGCAGCCCGGCCCGUCGGCUCUGGAGCAGCUCCUCCUGCAGCAGAAGCAGAAGCAGCAGCGAGGUCACGGCGCCAUGAACCCGCCUCACUGAGCGGCGGCCGGCAUCGAGGCGGCGCUUUGUGUCCGGACGUCGACGGAGGAGAAGAAGAAGUUUGACGAAGACGAGCUCCGACUAAAAUGGGAAAAUUAAACCGGCGAGAAAAGGUGGCGGCCCCGCCCCACCACCACGGUGACGCCCCUCCUGGACCGGAAGGGUCCGCGGCGCCAUGUCACCGCCGGGUUUCCUUCAACCCGCGGGAAUCUGAACAUUGAGGAUUAACCCCCCCAUCAACCUGACCCCCCCACCCCCCCUCCUUGGUUUUUGGACAAGACGCCACACGCUCUGCUCUUACCUGGAAGAACUUCCUCUUUCUUUGGGACGAAAUAAAAAAUACAACCUCACCUCCCGGACGCCGCUUUUUAUCGUCUCCGCUGCUGGAGGGGGGGGGGGGGGGGGGGGGUGAUUCAGGAGGGGGUGGGAGAACAGGUGAAGCACCGGGGGGUCAAAAUAGACUUCAUUCAUUUCCAUUCGUGAGGAGGAGGGGGAGGAGCUCUGCAGCUCAUUGGUCUUCCUGCUCUUUGAAUAUAUGAAUCAGCGGUGAGGAUCAGGACUAGACGGCGCUCUGCGGAGCCGGGUGUGUCGACGCCCACCUGGACCGACCGAUCUGCUGCCCCGCCUCCUUUUCUCUGGAGGGCGGAGCCUGGAGGCCUCGACGGCGGGCAGGGAAGGACAGAAGAAGAAGAAGAAGAAGGGAAAAACUGACACACACACACACACAGACUUGAUAGUUCUACCGUUGGCAUCAAGAGAAGAAGAAACCAAACCAACGACUGUAUUUUGUGAUUUGUUCGUAGCAGUUUUAGCUCCUCCCCCUCCGAGGGGACGCAGCUUCGUCUCGUAGCUUCCUGCUUGGAUAUUUUCUUCUUCCUCUUAUUUCUUUAUGUAACAAAGAAAAGAAGACACAAGAUGUCACCCUUACUUAACCUGCAUUUACUGUUUCUUUAUGGUCUGUUCUGCCUUUUUUACUAGAGAGAGAGAGAGAGAGAUUGUAAAGUAACUGCGGUCAGAAAUGAUUUUUAAACAUUAAAUUGCUCGUCGUGUUUGAUCACCGGUGAAAUAAAAAAAGAAAAGCAUCAAAUGUUUCGGUGAAACGUAGACCAGCUCUCCGUUUCCUUCCCGUUAAAACGGUGAGCGCUUCAGGGCUUUUAUUUCUGUGGUUCCACUUCCUGUCGGCCCCGGCUGGCUCACAACCAAUCAGGAAGCAGAGGGAGCUCCCGCUGACCAAUCAGGACGUGAGGGUUAGACUUCCUGUCCAGUUUUCUUUUCUACCUUUAAGACGACCGUUUAGCUCCGAGGGAUAAAAGAAGAAUUAAAGUUUUUAUUUCCCGUUGGAGGCGUUUUAUUAAAGCAGACUUCAGAGAGGUGCGUCUAUUUCCCUUGUGAUUGUGCUUUUCAUGUUGCAUUUACAAAAUGUAUUUGAACAAUAAUAAAGAUAAAAUAUUAUGAAUGUGAGCUCUGAGGCUCGUUUCUGGAAUCGGCCUUAAAUAAAGUUCAAUAUGUUCUCCUUC